ACUGCAGGGAGUACUGCGGUUGCCAUGGUACGGCGUCAGUCGCUGGACUGAAGCAAAGCUACAGACGUGGAGCGCAAACAGACCAACAGGUUUCUGACCCACAGACUUCCUCCUGUUUCCCGGUGGAUGUUUACAGAGAGACUGAGAGGAGCCAACAGAACAGCAGCCUGGAGACGAUCAAAUAUGGUUUAGAAGACAGAGGCGACUGGGGUGUGAUGUAUGUGUGACAACAUGGAGCCUGAUAAUGCCAGUGACCAAUAUGAAAACAACCAGCAAGGAAGUCGCCAGUCCCACCGGAGUAGAAGUAAAGAUUCCCGAGCAUCAUCCAUCCAAAAACACAAAAGCAAAUUCAAGGACAAGAUCCAGGAUAAGGAUGAAAAAGAUUCCUGUGCUGACGGUAGAUCGAAAACUAGAACCUGGCGUUCAGAUCCUGAUCGAGACCAGGUAUCAGAUGGUGAGGGUUGGAGAAGUAGUGGGUCCUUUUACUCAGAGGACUAUGAGAAUGAGUCUCCUUCAGAGCGUUCGCUCUCACCUCAUUCCCAAUCCCGGACGCCAUCCCCUACUGAUCAGAAAGGGGUGCGUGCAAAGAGGAUUUCAGUCAGCCCCUUCUACAAACCAGGUGGAUUGGGGCGCAAGGGUAUGUCCCGUCCACAGCGUUUAGGUCGCCAACCCCUGACGCAGCAGCAUCGGAGGGGAGUGCGAUCACAAAGCAACGAGUCCACAACUCCAAAAGACCUGGAUCUUGUGACCAAGAGGAUGCUUUCGGCCCGCCUGCUAAAGAUCAAUGAAUUGCGCAACGCGCUUUCUGAGCUGCAGCAGCGCACUGAUGAGCUGCAGAAAGAAAACCGAAUUCUCAGACAGCUGCAGUUUCGUCAAGAGAAAGCCCUGCAGCGUUAUGAUGACACAGAAAGCGAGAUUUCCCAGUUGUUGUCACGCCACUCCAACGAGACCCACGUGCUGCGCGAACGAGUCAGACGCACUCAAGAGCGUGAACGCGCGGCUGAGCGGAGGCUGAAAGACAGCGAGGAGCAGCUGCAGAGAAGUCAGGCGACCAUCAUCCGGCUAAAGAAGCUGGUCGACCAGCGAGAGUUAGGAGCCAGGGACGAGCUGAGCCGCAAGCUGGAGGAAGAAAAGACAAGAGCCCAGGAGGCAGAUCGCAAGAUUAAGGAGCUGGAGCGCAGCAUGGAGCUGAGCAACAGCAGUUACCAGAGGCAGUUGGCUGCAGAGAGGAAGAAGACCAUCAGUGCCCAGGAGGAGAUCAGGACCCUGCAGGAGGAGCUGGAAAGACUGACCAAUAAACUUAAGGAGAAGGAGAGAGAGCUAGACACCAAGAACAUUUAUGCCAACCGCAUGAUGAAAUCCUCACGUGGAACAGAUGCUGACAGCUGCACAAAGCGGAAAGUCCCCAGCAGGAACAGCAGUAAGGCAGUGCAGACUGAAGACAGGGUGUCCAGUCUGGGUUUCCCCACACCUCCCCCCGCCAUCACUGAUGUCAAUGAUUACAGUGAGCAGGGACCUGAUGAAUACCUAUCACUCAAGGAGCUUGGUGGAGUGGACAGACAGGCGAAGACUGAAGACAGGAAUCAAAACUGGGAACGACAGAAGAUGAGUGACAAGGAAAAGGAAAGAGACAGGGAGAAAGACAAGCAGCAACUCAACCAGAAGAUGAAUGUGCAUGAAGAGAAGGCGGCGAGAUUAAGAGACGGCGGUGAGAAAGAAUCUGAGGAAGACAGAAAGAAGACAAGUUCACUGUUGAACCUGAGGGAGAAUGAGAACAACAGGAAGCGUGGUCAUGUCCAGGAGGAGGUGGAGAGGUGGAAUCAGGAGUCUCUGGGCAAUCAGCAAGCAGCAGAGGAAGCACGUCAGAAAAAAGAGCAGCUGCUGGCCAAGAUGCGCGAUAUAGAUCGUCAAAACCAGGGUGGCCAGGACUCCAUGUUUGCUGAGUCGAGUCUUUCGGAGUCCAACAAAAGUUCCAGUGACCAUUCUUCUCCUCGUGCUCCUGAGCACAGGAACCACAACUCUUCGAUUUUCAGCCUCACGGCACCAGAGGAGUUGGCCAGUUUGGGCGCUGGUGAUGGAAGUGGAGUAGGUGGAAGGAGAAUUGCAGGUAUAGAGGGUGGAGCAGCGACAACAGGGGUAGGGAGGAGAGCACUACGCUCUCAAAUCUCCAAUGACAAUUUGGCGUUCGGAAGCUACGCGCCUUCUUUCGGGCUCUCAACUUCCCGCGGAUCUUUUGGUUUCCCUCCACCUCCAUCCAGAGAGGACAGGGACUCUGCUUUAGAGGCAAUAGGUGUUUUUAGUCUCAGAGGGGUGGAGACAGAAAAAGAGGACACAGAAAAAGGGACGGGCAAGGAUAGAAAGUCCAGUCUCAUGCAGCAGCUAUUUGGAGCAAUAGCCACACCCGCUGGUGACAGUGUGAGCUCCUCCAAUAAAAUGGGGGUCCUCAGUAGUCCUCCAACUACCAAUGGGGUACAUUCAAGAAGGGACAAACUGCACAGCUUCAACUCAGGGUCUUCCACUCCUCCUGCAUCCUCUUUCAGCAUCCUACAUGUGGCCGAUAGCAGACCUGCCAUCCGUGCCAUUCCCUCAUUCGAUGACGACAUAGAGGAACUGACUUUAUGAAAGUCAUUUCGCCGGGUGGUAGUCAGUCACACAGUCGGCCGUCACGUCUGUCAGCCACACGUAGAAACGACACGGGGUGAAAUUAAAUGAGUACCAUUAUCAACAAAAAAACAAACAUAGAAGGGAAGAAACUGCAAAGUAUAAAAAGUACUAUAUGACUUUAUAAAUGAUAAUAUAUUUCAGCUUUUUAUUUGUCUUAAAAUUGUCAUCAUGUAGGAAAUAUGUAACUGAAAGUGGUGAUACAGAAAAUGUGUUUUCAUUGUAGUUUUCAGACUUUUCUUUUAUUUGUUAUACAAUUUGAAGACGUGUUUCUUUAGUUCAGAUUUCCUGGCAGUUUAUCUGAGAAACACAAAGUCAGCAGAGCCACACAGACACACAGACACACAGACACACACACACACACACACACACGAUCCCUGCAUCUUGUCCAAUAAACACAAAGACCAAACACAAGAAUUACAGACUCUGAAACUGGAUAAAAAUCGUCUCAAUACGUUUCACAUUUCAGCGCUUUGCCAUAUUUUGUUGUGCUCAUAUGUAAUUAGAGAUUUAUUUAUUUUUUGUGUGUACCUUUCUUUGACAAAAUGUAUUCCAUGAACUUUUGGUCCUCUCUGAGACACAGUAAUAUACCAUCAAGUGAUAUGACAAUCAUACUAUAUGUAGACUUCUUUCUGAAAAUCUGACAUUCACACAAAAUGGGCUAUUUUUGGAACUUCCCGCAAGUUUAUCUCUGUUAAUACAAUUAUUUCAUUGAUAUUGCUUUCUUUUGGCCUAUUUAUAGGAGUGCCACUAAAAAAAACUGUUACAUUUUGAAUACCCUUAAUUCCUGGUAUCUUCCAAGGUCUCAUGUCCCCUGCACUGAUGACUCUGUUUUCAUGGGUACACUGAGCCAACAAUCAGGACAAAUACAAACCACCAAGAGAAGCUACCAUGCUCUAUUUAUAUAUCUGUUUAUUUAGUAUAUAAUGUUGUAUUUAUAAAAUGAAGAGUCAACGUGUAAAAUGUGUAUUUUAUUCAGAUUUCUCAGUUUUGACACAGUUUUGAGGAGCAGUUUUGUUAUUUAGUCAUUUUCAUGAGGGAUACAUGUAACCAAUGAAAACUUUGUCCGUCACUUUUCGUAUUCUGAAUUUUUCAUGUUUUCUACUUUCUGUCCAGUGGUAUUAAAUGUUUUAAAUAACACUAAGUUCUUAAAAUGUGUUGUAUUGUUGUAUGAAUGAAAAUAAAUGAUGGUUAA